AUGGAUGCGCCUAGACAUUCCACCAGUCCCACAGGACCUCGUGCUCACUUUAGAGGGGGUCCGCAACCGGCGGGAUUUGAUACCAAGUUCAGCGAGCUACACCCGGACAGCCAGAAGAUACUAACGCAUAUAGAGAGCAAGAUAUUGGAGCUGCGAGCGGAGAGCCAGAGGUUGGGGCAAUCGAGUCGGCUGCAUGAUGGCUCGCAAUUGGCCGACAACCCGUUUGAGCGGCAGGCAGCUAGAGUCAGCCAGAGCCUCUCGCACGUGGCAUCAAGGGUGGACACAGAGCGAGCGUCCCUGCAUCACAUGCUGCACACAGCGCAGCACCUGCUGCACCACAGCGACCUGGCAGUCCGCUCCUUCUCCCUCCUCCGCUCGCGCUUCCCCCACCUCCCUGGAGCAGACUCGCUGGCACCAGCGCAGCACCUGCUGCACCACAGCGACCUGGCAGUGCGCUCCUUCUCGCUCCUCCGCUCACGCUUCCCCCACCUCCCUGGGGCCGACCCCCUGGCACCAGUCGCACUUUUCGAGGUCAAAGUAACAGAGUACCGCCACAAGCUCACCGAGCUUCAAGCAGCCAUCGAACCAGCCCUGGCAGACUCCAGGUUCGGCGGCAGCUACUCCCGAGCCGCAUCAGCAGCUUCGGCGGCAGCAGCGGUCGAGGCGCUCCCCGUGAUUAUAAAGAACCUGCAUGAGUUUUUCAUUCACGUGGCAGCCCAGGUGGAGAGGGUGCAUGAGAGGGUGGACGCAGCAAGGAAUGCGUUUCUGGCGGAGAGGAGGAGGAGGGGAGACAGGAGCAACCCGUUUGCAGAGGCAGACAGGAUUGAGGCUGCUGCUGCUGCCACCUCUGCCACAGCAGCAGGCAGCUCCCCGGGCACCUCCCUCUUUGGCACCACCACCCCGUCUCUCUUCGGCAGUGCCACUCCUGGUGCCGCUGCUGCUGCUGCUGCGUCCUCUCCCGGUCUUUCCUUCGGCAACCCUGCCACGCCUGCCACGGGAACCACGUCUCUCUUCGGCACUCCAAACCCAGCAGCAGCAGGCUCGUCCCCAGGCUCUUCUCUCUUCGGCUCCACCUCUGCUUUCGGUGGCGGUGCGUCGGCCUUUGGAGCAACCCCAGCAGCAGGAGCAGCAGCAAGCACGCCGUCGCUCUUUGGGUCCCCGGCUGGUCCCACAACUGGGGGUCUUUUCGGAGCGACACCAGCAGCGGCGACUCCUUUUGGUGCUCCCGCUGCUUCCCCGUUCGGUGCUGCUGGUGCCGCCUCGCCGUCGCCGUUUGGAGCAACGGCGUCGGCUCCUGGCACGUCGUUGUUUGGUGCUCCUGCCACUCCAACACUUCAGCCAGCUGCCCCGAUGCCGUUUGGUUUUGGCAACACAACUCAGGCGUUUCUUUACCACGUGAAGAAGAACAAUAUCGUGUCGAUUACUGUAGACGGCGACAAGGUGUCGUUCGUCCUGCGACGCCCUGAGUUCGCACGGGGCCACAAGGCGACGGAGUUACAACCCAUGAUUCGCCAGGUGGAAAAAAUCGCAGAGCGCAAGUGGAAGGAGGCGGGGGAAGCUUCCGGGAAAAAGGUGGGGAAGAUGCGACCUGUCCAGGUGCAGCUGUCUACGGUGAAGCCUGCUGACGUGGCGGUCCCGUACGCGGAGCUGAUGUCACGCCACGUGGAGUUUGGUGCUCCGGAUAAGGCGUCAUUUAAACUCGUGAAUACGAUCUCGUCCACACUCCUGUAUGCGGGAAUAGCGGCGGUCGUGCUGUCGCGCCUGCAGAUGAAGCUCCCGCAGUUUGGGGGCAAGGCGCGCAGUCAGAAGGGAAAGGCGCCGCCAGUGCUGUUUGCUGACGUGGCAGGGGUGGAUGAGGCGAAAGAGGAGUUGGAGGAGAUCGUGGAGUACCUCCGCACGCCCGAACGUUUCUCUCGACUGGGAGCGCGACCGCCCAGAGGAGUGCUGCUGGUUGGGCCGCCAGGCACGGGGAAGACGAUGCUGGCCAAGGCAGUGGCAGGGGAGGCGGACGUUCCCUUUAUAAGCUGCAGCGGUAGCGAGUUUGUGGAGCUGUAUGUGGGCCUGGGGGCGUCGCGAGUGAGAGAGCUGUUCGCGCAGGCAAAGAAGGACUCGCCCUCCAUUGUCUUUAUUGAUGAGAUCGAUGCAGUGGCCAAGGUGCGGGAUGGGCGCAUGCGCAGUGUGGGGAACGACGAGAGGGAGCAGACCCUGAACCAGCUGCUCACGGAGAUGGACGGAUUCGACAGCAGCACGGCAGUGAUCGUGCUCGCAGCCACCAACAGAGCGGACGUCAUCGACCCUGCGCUGCGCCGCCCGGGGCGAUUUGACCGGAUCGUAGCGGUGGAGCCUCCGGAUCGCAAGGGGCGGGAGGCCAUUCUUACCGUGCACGUGGAGCAGAAAGAGCUGCCUCUGAGCAGCGAUGUCGAUAUUCAAGAGAUCGCUGUUGCCACAAGCGGGUUUACAGGGGCUGAUCUUGCCAAUCUGGUGAACGAGGCGGCACUGUUGGCAGCAAGGAGGGAUCACGAGGAGGUCACAAGGCAGGACUUCGACAGCGCUGUUGAACGGGCUCUUGCGGGAAUUGAGAAGAAAAGGUCGGCUCUCGGCCGGGCAGAAAAGGCCGUGGUAGCCCGGCACGAAGCAGGCCAUGCGCUGCUUGGGGCAGCCAUUGCAAAAGUUUUACCCGACCAGCGGGUAGUCCAAAAAAUCUCCAUCGUACCCCGGUCAGGCGGCGCGCUGGGAUUCGCCUACAUGCCGCCCCCAGCAGAUGGUGAGGAGCGUCUUCUAGUGUUUGUGGACGAGCUCCGGGGCCAGCUCGCCGUCCUUCUCGGGGGCCGGGCAGCUGAAGAUGUCUGUUUUGGCGGGAGAAUCUCCACAGGAGCAGUGGAUGAUAUUCGCCGUGCUACAGACAUGGCGUAUAAAGCUGUAGCGGAAUACGGGCUGAGUGGGACCAUAGGGCCGAUGUCAGUGGGGACCCUGGCGGGAGGAGGGUUGGAUGGAGGGGGAGGGUUUGGGUGGGGAGGGAAGGAUCAGGGGAGGCUGUCGGAUCAGGUGCAGGAUGAGGUGCAACAGCUGCUGCAGGAGGCUCUAGAGGUGGCACGGGCUGUGCUGGUGUGCAACAGAGGGCUUCUUGAAGACCUCGGAAGGACACUUCAAGAAAAUGAGACGGUGGAGGGAGCAGCUCUGGGCGCUUGGCUGGCGCAAGUAGAGGUGCCGCCGCUGCUUAGAACUUUCGUGUACGGGCGGGCAGUAGAGUUGCCUCUGCUCCCAGCCGAGAGCAGUGAAGAGGAUGUGUGA